CAAGCAUGUGUACGGUGGGUGCGACGAUCUGUCACCGGCAGAAUAUACGCUCCAACAAAACAUAAUCAAAUAAGUUAAUUAGUAACAAUGAGCAGACCGGCCAAAAUAAGAAAGCUAGAUGAAACUGUGGUGAACAGAAUAGCCGCCGGAGAAGUUAUUCAACGACCAGCAAACGCCCUCAAAGAACUGAUCGAAAAUAGCCUCGACGCCAAGUCCAGCAGUAUUCAAGUCACAGUCAAAGAAGGCGGAUUGAAAAUACUUCAGAUUCAGGACAAUGGAACGGGGAUCAGGAAAGAGGAUAUGGAGAUUGUCUGCGAACGAUUCACCACUAGCAAGCUACAGCAAUUCGAAGACCUCAGAUCAAUCGCCACCUUCGGUUUCAGGGGUGAAGCUCUCGCUAGCAUCAGCCAUGUUGCUCAGCUGACGAUCACAACGAAAGUCGCCGACGACCCCUGUGCCUACAAGGCUUCAUACAUCGACAGCAAAUUAAAAGCACCUCCAAAACCUUGCGCUGGUAGCCAAGGUACGACAAUAUUGAUCGAAAAUCUGUUUUACAACGUUCCGACGAGACGGAGAGCGUUGAAAAGUCCAGCCGAGGAGCUGUCCAAGAUAACAGAUGUCGUGAAUAAAUACGCAAUUCAUAAUUCCAACGUCGGUUUUGUUCUGAGAAAACACGGGGACGUCGUUCCCCAGGUACGAACUCAGUACAAUUCUACAAAGGUUGCCAAUGUCCAAACGAUAUUCGGUGUUGCUGUGGCGAGGGAGUUGCUGGAAGUCGAUUACAGCGACGAUACGUAUAAAUUUAAACUAUGCGGUCUCGUAACGAACGCGAAUUACUCAAACAAGAACUUCACGCUUCUGUUGUUCAUCAACAACAGACUCGUCGAAUCCACCCCAAUAAAGAAAAUGCUGGAGGAUCUCUACUCGGUUUAUUUGCCGAGAAAGGCGCACCCUUGGUGCUACAUAUCUCUUGAGAUAAAUCCGGCUAAUAUCGACGUGAACGUGCAUCCAACGAAGCACGAGGUUCGUUUUCUCCACGAAGAGGCUAUAAUAGGAAAAGUGAAAGAUGCCGUGGACGCAAAACUGCUCGGAAACAACGCAUCGCGAACCUUUUACGCCCAAGCGAGACUGCCUCAAGUCGACAUUACGAAAGAAGCGUUGGAAGAAGUAAUUCCAGAGUACAGCAAAGCCGGGAACAAAGAAAAGCCAGUUCACGCUUACCAAAUGAUCAGAACGGAUUCCUCCGAUCAAAAACUGGAGAAGUUCAAUUUUACAGUCAAUACAUCUAGCGCCAAUCAAUCGCCCGAUGAAUCGAAGGCGGCAGAAAGCACGAGUGUUACGGAUAACAAGGAAGAGAGAGAACCGAAGCGAUUAGAUCCCGCGAAAUGUACGGCGGAAAAUCCCUCAAACGAAUCGAGUUUUUUCGACAGUUUAUUCGACGAUUAUUUCCCGCAUCAAACUUCUACGCAAGUUGAAAAUCCUGUUAAAACUUCGACCAAUUCCGCGCCCCUCGACGGCGGUGACACAAAAGCUCAGGACGUCUUGGAGAUCGAAAAUGACGAGGUUGAAAAAGCCGUGAGCGGCGGCGAUUCUGCCACCGAUGAGGCGCUGAAGAGGGUUUAUCAAUACCUGGGUAACCGCGAUAACAUGGAUUACGUGAAGACAAUCGUCGAGCCAGGAAGUAGCCAGGAUUUAGCCGAUGGCCACUACGGUUCCAAAACGAAAAUGAAUGAUUCGGAAAUUACGUCGCCGAGUAAAGAUGCCACGGCUGAAACAAGGUCCGGAAGCAAGCCGAAGAGACCCGAGUUCAAGUCUUAUUCGGUAAAUGCAAUAAGGCGAGAGGUGAAGCUCACGAGUGUGUUGAGACUUCGAAAACAUGUCGAAGACAACUACCACGAAGGGCUGAGGGACAUAUUGUCGAAUAUGAUUUUUGUUGGCUGCGUUGACGAAACUUUUGCCCUCGUACAGAGCGGACUCAAUCUGUACAUUUGCAACACACCCAAGUUAUUGGAAGAACUUUUCUACGAAAUAAUGCUCUACGACUUUGAGAAUUACGGAGUUAUGCAAUUCUCGGAAUCCGUGUCACUGUCCGACCUCGCUAUGCUAGGACUCGAAACAGAGGAAGCCGGAUGGACAGAAGAAGAUGGUGAGAAAGAGGAACUGGCAAACAGCGUGAAAGAAUUAUUGCUGGAAAAGGCAGAUAUGAUGAACGAGUACUUUUCAAUAAUAAUCGACAAAAAGGGAAUGUUAAAGUCCCUGCCUAUACUUCUAGACAAGUACUUUCCGAGCAAGGCUGGAAUGCCUUUGUAUGUGUUGCGUUUGGCCACCGAAGUCGACUGGACCGCGGAACAAUCUUGUUUCGACGGGAUAUGUAGAGAAACGGCCAAGUACUUCAGCCACGUAAGUCGAAAUGAGGAAAAUCCGGAGUGGAGAAACGUCACGGAGCAUAUUUUGUACCCUGCCAUUAAAAACAGCCUCUUACCGCCGAAACACUUCGCCCACGAUUCCACUAUCUUGCAAAUAGCAAGGCUACCCGAUUUGUAUAGAGUCUUUGAAAGGUGCUGAUAUUGGUAAAGUAGUAUUUUACAUCUCUUGAGAUACUAAUAACAUGGUCAUUUUUGUAUACACGAUUAAGUAGGCAACUAUUUCAACGUUAAUUGUGCGAUUCACUUUAUUGUAUUUUAAUUCACUU